AUGGCUUCGACGUGCGUCAAGACUCUUCUUGUCGGGCUAUCCGGGCCUUCAUCCAGCGGGAAGACAACCCUUGCCCGCCUUUUGCGAUCCGUGUUCACGCUGGCAGUCUCUGAUGGCAGUGCGAUAACUGCAACACGGCCGUUUAUCCUCCAUGAAGAUGAUUUCUAUAAAUCCGAUGACCUGAUUCCCGUCGUCACCACGUCUUCUGGAAAGGCAGUUCAAGACUGGGACACCAUCGGCGCCCUCGACAUUGGGCUGCUCGAGGCGGCAUUGGUGUACGUUCGCGACCACGGCAAGCUACCCGCUGGAUUGAAAAGCAAAGAAGACCUUAAUGAUGCCGCUGAUUCGGGUGUUCACAAGCGGAUUGUCCAAUCAUUGAGAUCUGAAGCCACCCAACGUCUACGAAAGGUCUUCGAAGAUGCAGCCACUACAGUAGACAUGCCGCAAACAAGGCACCUGGCUCUAGCCCUGGUUGAGGGUUUCCUUCUUUACGCACCACCAGACCAGCCUUCACAUCCGCUUCGUCUGGUUCACGAUAUUAUUCAUAUACCACUAUUUCUUCCUGCUACCUACACGCUGCUUAAAGAACGACGAGAAAAGCGGACAGGCUACGUUACAAUAGGACCCGCUCCAACACCUUCUCCACAGAUCGAGAUGACCGCUAAUGAUGUGCAAUCUGCCCGGUACCAAGAAGAGAAGGAUGCCAAUGAGUAUACUCCCCCAGACGUCAACUUCUGGACAGAUCCUCCUGGUUAUGUUGAUGAUAUUGUUUGGCCACGUUACAUCACAGAUCACGCCUGGCUGCUACUCCCACAAGACACAAAACCCGAUAUUGACGUAGAGCAACUCAAGCAGCUUAUUGGUGAAGGACGGAAUGCUAGAGAAGAUGUCGGAGUUUUGGUUGCGCCAGGUCAGGGAGAAGCUUCUAUGGAGGAACUUCUACAUUGGGCAGUAGAUGAGGUUCUCAAAGUAGCCGAAAGGCUUUUUACGCAGUAA